GUGGCGGCAUUCGGACUUAUAUAAACCAAAAAUAUACAUUGGGAACACAACUUAUUUUAAUAAUACCACCGCUACAUCAUUCUAAUGACAAUUUUAUGUAUCAUAUAGCUGGUGUAGCUGUUAUUAUAAACCACAAUAUAUUCUAGACCUGUUCCAUCAAUUUGUUCUUCCUCUAUCUCAUCUCUAACUUGCUUUACCUGAUCAAUCUCCUUUUGGAGAGAGAGAUGGGUGACUUUGAUGUUGAUUUUUUCCAUGAGAACUUGAAGCAACUUAUAAUGAGCUCUGGGUUCUCAUCAUUCACAAGAGAGAAGCUUGAAUCUCUUAAGGAGGAGAUAGAGUAUAUGAGAAUAUUCCUCAAGGUUACAGAGAAGAAACGCAAUAAGCAUUUAGAAGUGAUAAAUCUGGUGAGGCAGAUCAAAGACGUGGUAUUCGAGGCAGAGAAUAUCAUAGAACGGUUUGUAGUUCAAGCUUUAAAGGCAAAUCAAAAUUGGAAUCAUCUUUCCCUUGACCUUGAAAGUGUCAAAAAGAAGAUCAAGACUCUUAUGGCUAAGGUAAAGCAGAUUUAUGACGAGAAUAUGUAUGACAUUAAUGGAGUAGCAGUCGAAGAACUUGAGCACUCUUUUUCCAAAAUUGAAGGAGGUUCAAGCUCAUCAAGAGGGAGAAACACAUCCCAAGGGAGAUACACAUCCAAAGUGGCUGAAGAGAAGGUGGUGGUUGGUUUCAAGGAGGAGGUGAUGACAUUAAUGGGAAAGCUUCUCGACAGUGGAGAGGGUGGACGGCUGGAGAUAAUAUCAAUCGUCGGUGCAGCUGGAGGUGGCAAAACCACUUUGGCCAAAGAAGUGUAUGAUCAUCGUUUGACAUCACAUAGCUUUGAAAUUCGUGCAUGGGUCGAUGUUUCUCAAGAUUAUGAUAAGACUAUGAAGGGGAAUUUGUUGAUUCGUAUUUUGGAAUUAGUUUCCCCAAGCAAAAUUGGAGAUUACGAGAAGAGUAGUGAGGAUAAAUUGGGAGAAGUCAUGCACAAAUGCUUGAAGGGUAAGAAAUAUCUCAUUGUCCUGGAUGACAUAUGGGGCAUUGAAGCCUGGAAUGAUAUCCAAAGAUCACUUCCUAAGGAAUGCAAUGGCAGUAAAGUGUUGUUCACUAGUCGACUACCUGUUGAACCCAAUAGCAUCCGUUGCGUCCCUCAUUAUUUGGCUCCCUUACCAGAAAGUCGCAGUUGGGAGUUGUUAGAAAAAAAGGUAUUUGGGAAGAAAUGUUGCCCACUGGAGUUGGUUGGCAUCGGUGAGCAUAUAGCAAAAAAAUGUGAGGGACUACCACUCGCGAUUGUCACAAUAGCCGGCAUUCUAGAAGUGAAAGACAAGACACUCGACUUAUGGGAGGAAGUUUCCAAAAGUUUAAGUUCGAUCAUUGCCAAAAACCAGGACAGCUGCAUGAAGAUAUUAGAACUUAGUUACAAUUACCUGCCUCUUCACUUGAAAGCGUGUUUUGUUUAUAUUGCAGGAUUCCCCGAAGAUUCUGAAAUCCUCGUACGUGAGUUGAUAUGGUUUUGGAUCGCAGAGGGAUUUAUUCAGCAAAGUGAAGAGGAUAAACGCUUGGAGGACGUAGCAAAAGAUUACUUAAGCAGUCUUAUUGAUAGAAAUCUCGUAAUGGUAGCUAGGAAAAGGUCCUUUGGAGGAAUUAAAGCAUGUCGUAUCCAUGAUCUUCUGCGUGAAUUAUGCUUGAAAAAAGCCGAGGAGGAUAACUUCCUUGUGCAAAUUUACGGGAAUGCUACUUUUUCACCGUCUGCUGCAACUAAGCAUCGCCGCCUCUUUGUUGACAGCCUCCAGUUUUUUCGAGGUUCAAGCUCAUCAGGAGGGAGAAACACAUCCAAAGCGGCUGAAGAGAAGGUGGUGGUUGGUUUCAAGGAGGAGGUGGUGAAAUUAAUGGGAAAGCUUCUCAACAAUAGAGUGGGUGGACCGCUGGAGAUAAUAUCAAUCACCGGUGCAGCUGGAGGCGGUAAAACCACUUUGGCUAGAGAAGUGUAUGAUCAUCCUACGACGUUACAAACCUUUGAAAUUCGUGUGUGGGUCAAUGUUUCUCAAGAUUAUGAUAAGACUAUGAAGAGGGAUUUGUUGAUUCGUAUUUUGGAAUCAGCUUCCUCAAAAAAACAUGGAGAUUACGAAAAGAGUAGUGAGGAUAAAUUGGGAGAAGAGACGAAGAAAUGCUUGAAGGGUAAGAAAUAUCUCAUUGUCAUGGAUGACAUAUGGGACAUUGAAGCCUGGAAUGAUAUCCAAAGAUCAUUUCCUAAGGAAAAUUGCAAAGACAGUAAAGUGUUGUUCACUAGUCGAUUACCUGUUGAACCUAAUAGCAUCCACUGCGUCCCACAUUAUUUGGCUCCCUUACCAGAAAGUCGCAGUUGGGAGUUGUUAGAAAAGAAGGUAUUCGGGAAGAAAUUUUGCCCACCAGAGUUGGUUGGCAUCGGUGAGCGGAUAGCAAAAAAAUGUGGAGGACUACCACUCGGGAUUGUCGCAAUAGCUGGCAUUCUGAAAGUUGAAGACAAGACACUCGACGUGUGGGAGAAAGUUUCCAAACGUUUAAGUUCGAUCAUUGCCAAAAACAAGGACGGCUGCAUGAAGAUACUAGAACUUAGUUACAAUCACCUGCCUCUUCAUUUGAAAGCAUGUUUUGUUUAUGUUGGAGGAUUCCCCAAAGAUUCUGAAAUCCUCGUACGCGAGUUGAUAUGGUUAUGGAUCGCAGAGGGAUUUAUUCAGCAAAUUGAAGGGGAUAAACACUUGGAGGACGUAGCAAAAGAUUACUUAAGAAAUCUUAUUGAUAGAAAUCUCGUAAUGGUAGCUAGGAAAAGGUCCUUUGGAGGAAUUAAAGCAUGCCGUAUCCAUGAUCUUUUGCGUGAAUUAUGCUUGAAAAAAGCUGAGGAGGAUACUUUCCUUUUGCAAAUUUACAAGGAUACUUCUUUACGUCAUGAUGCAACUUACCAUCGUCGCCUCUUCAUUGGCAGCCGGUUCUUUCGUAAGUACUUUUCCUUUAUGCCUCGUACUCAAAACCUUCGUUCUCUUCUGUGCCUCGUCUCGCGAAACUCCACUUUUAAAUGCCCUGAAACAAAUUUGGCAUUCUUUGUUGACAACUUUGAACUUCUCAGGGUAUUGUGUUUUAUCUCCGAUGAAUGCGAAGGAGAUAUAGCACAUCUAGUUCAUUUGAGAUUCUUGGCACUUAAUUUACCAGUUCACACAUCGAACUUUGUAUCUCCAUUUUCCAACCUCUUCAACCUAGAAACCCUUUAUCUCCAAGCUCGGUCGAUUGGCAUGAAUUUGAAAACCAUUCUGUUGCCUCGCGAUACAUUUAAGAUGGUUAAGUUGAGGCAUCUAUAUGCUAAAGGAGGGGUAUUCAAAUAUCAUCUUAGCAGAGGCCGUAAUCCUGACGUAGCAGCUGGAAUUAAUUUUGACCCUUCGCUCAACUUGGAUAGCUUACAGACCUUGCAUCCAAUAUGUCCUUGUGAGAAGUGCCGAAAUUUCUUGGUAAGGACUCCCAAACUUAGGAAGCUAGGAUUUCAUGGGGAACUAAUAUCCAAUGCUUUUGUUUUGAUGCUCCCCGACCUAGAGUUCUUGAAUUGCCUUGAGACACUCAGUUUUAACCAAUGCCGCAUUCCGAACGAGGCAACUACCCUUCCGCCAGAGCUGAAGUUUCCUCCGACUGUUACACGGCUAACUUUGGGGAAUACGUGCUUAAAAUGGGAGGAGCUAUCAAUCCUCCAAACCUUGCCGUUCCUUGAGGUUCUCAAAUUAUUAGAGCGGGCCUGUCGAGGACCAAUUUGGAUCGCAGGUGAAGUUGAGGAGGGGUUCUCUCAACUCAAGUACUUGAGGUUGCAGGAUCUGGACAUCAAAGAAUGGAAUGCUGUCAAAGAUCCAUUUCCGAGACUUGAGGUCUUAGUGGUUAAUCAUUGCACACAGCUGAAGCAGAUCCCGAUUGAGUUUGCUAAUCUAAACGAACUUUGCAAAAUUGACGUAAUUAGGUGCAGUCGCUCUGCGGAGACAUCGGCCAAGGAGAUUCUGGAAGUGCGAAGAAAUGCAAGAGGAGAUGAUGAUGGCAUAAAUCUCUUGGCCAAAUAUAAUUAUUAUUAGUUGGAACCACGACAGAAGUGACUGUCCAUGCAUUUCUCAUAAACCUCGGUUUUAAUUUCUACUGUCUAUGCUGUUGGAUAAUGGUAAGCUAAAUUUUGUGGGCCUGGUGUGUGUGCAAGGUGACAGGCAGAGAGUGAGGUGAGAGAGUAAUGAGAGUGCCA